CUGUGAAACUUGAAACCAUGUGCUACUACGGCAGCUACUAUGGAGGCCUGGGCUAUGGCUAUGGCUCUGGUUAUGGCUGUGGAUGUGGCAGCUACCGUGGCCUAGGCUAUGGCUAUGGCAGCUGUGGCUGUAGAGGCCUGGGCUAUGGUGGCUAUGGCUAUGGAGGCCUGGGCUAUGGUGGCUAUGGCUAUGGCUGCUGCCGCCCAUCUUGCUGUGGAAGGUAUUCUUCUUAUGGCUUCUACUAAAAAACCACCUGUGCCUGCAGUGUCCUGCAGUUGUUCGUGCAACCCUGCUUGGUGUAAUUCCAUGGCAUCUUAAAGACAUCACCUUCUACCUGC